AUGGAAAUCAUUGCUAUUCAUCGAGAAAAUUCGUACAAGUUUCUUGAAGAUAUUUCAUCUCGUGCAGUUGCUCUUUUUACAAAUCCUUCUUUUAUCAAGGAUAUUGGUGGUAGAAUAUGUGCACGUGUCUUUGGCGAACACAAAACAGUUGAUAAAGAAAUUGAAGAAUUUGCUAAUUCUACAAUGAUGAACUUACGUACUCGUCUUAUAAUCAAUGGUCUUGUGUCUUUUGAUUCUUGUAUGGAGUCAAAUGUUGAACUUGAUCCACGUGAAAUUCAUAUCAAUGGUGAGGUAAGCGUUUUUUCUUUUAAUUCGUUGAUUUUGAUGUUGAAUGCCUCUGCAUUGACAAGACUAAAGUUUUUUAAUAUGUUCGAGUAAUAUAAACUUCUUAAAGAAGUUUUCUAAGGUGAUUUUCGUAAAUAACUUCGUAAAUUUUUUUUCUGAAAAACAAAUUUCAUGUUUUAUACUGUUGCUUUCAAGAUAAUGAUAAGCGCGUAUAGCUAUUUCUCAGAUUAUAUAGUCAUGCAGUUACUGUUUAAUGGAACACGACCUAAAACAUGUCUUAAGACAUAUAUAUUAAAAAGCUUAGAUCGACUGCCCUUGUUAUCUCUCUAAACCUUAUGAAAAGCAGUCUGGACCUGGAACAUCAUUAAAGACAGUAAAAGGCAAAGAGUCUUUCACGUUUUUCACUACACACUACAGUUGAAUUUAUUGUUAUAUGAUCAAAGACUAAAUAGCAGUAAAAUUCUAUCAGCAUACAUGAGACAGUUUUCUUCUUGCACUUGUAGAGAAAGAAGAAAAUGAGAAAGCAAUUUGUCCUAAAAUAAAUCGAAUAAAACAUUUUUUACGCAAAGACUAACAACAGUUACACUGUGUGGAAAUUUUAUUCUCUUAAGACUGAGAGUAUUGACUUUUCUAAUAUGAUCAAAACAGCGCUUAUUCGGCAAGAAGUUUGUGGCCAUAUUACGUUGUUUUUCGAUUAUACGUUAAAAUCUGUGAAAGCAAUCAUAAAUCAAUCCAAAUUCCUGAAGGCACAGAUGUGCACAUAUCAGUACUUAAGAACCAACGACUUUUAGAGAUAUGGAAAAUGUUGAAAGAAAGCUGUGUAGAAAAGAUAUUUCAUGAAUGAUAUAUGUAUAGUGUAGUUCUCAGAAAAUCGUGGUCCUAAUCAUAACCGCUGAAACUACGGAAAAGAGUUUAAUUAAAUGAAUGAUUAGUACAAGUUAUUACAUUUGAUUCCGAUGGUAUUUGUAAUUAUAAUUUCAUGAAUUCUAAUCAGCAUACUUAAUCAUUUUCUGGCCUUAUCCAAGUACUAGUGCAAAAUGUUUGGGUUUGUCACUGGCGACAGUUCGAGUUCAAAGAAAUGAUCGAUAAAAAGUUUUAAAAAUCUCAAUAACUACAUGAAAUUAAUUAUUUGAAGUUAUUUCAAUUGCUUUUUAUUGACUCAGGUAUAAUGUGAUCGUAAGAUAAUAAACAAAGCACAUAGAAUUAUUUGAAACAAGGUUCUUCUAUCAUAUGUAACGAGAAAACUAAUGCCUAUUCGAUAUGUUUUUAAUGAAAGUGACUGUGUGUAUCUCAAUUUAGCAAUACCAACUAACUAAUAAAUAUGAAGUUAUAUUGUAAUCAGACAUAUACUUCAUGAGUAAUAUAAAUAAUCUUUCCCAUAUUAAUAACUUCAUUCUUUCUUUAUUGAAUUGAAAUAGAGUACGAAUAAAAAAAAUGAAGAUGUGAGAACAUAGAAAGAACUACUCGCAUUCUAUGCUCAAGACUAAUUCAUCUGUUGAUUCUAGUUCGAAAGAUGAUAUUAGUUUGUAAGAAUUUUCUUCAAUCAUCA